AUGAUGGCACUAUCUGAACGCCCCACCCGAAAGGCUAAGCGAACCGACGUGGACUAUGCCGUUUUAUCUUCGGGUCAACAAAUUCCCGAGUAUUCGACCGAAGAGGAUGACUUGGAAGAUGAAAGCUACGGCUCUCAAAAGAAAAAACGACGCAAACAAUCGAUCGAGUGCUUUAUCUGCCACCGACCUUCUAGAACCUAUAAAAAUACUAUGUUGCAAUGUGAUAGCUGUUCAAGAUUGUACCAUGGAGCUUGUGGCAGACCCUUCCAGUCGACAUCUAUUUUAGGCAAUACAAGUUGCUACGAGUGUCUACAGGAAGCCAAGGUGGACUCUUUGAGUGCUCAACCUCGCAAGAGGUUGGACUCCAUUGCUGAUUUUGUCGAGGUACUAAAGAAAGCCAAAAAAAUUGUCGUCAUUGCUGGAGCUGGGAUCAGUGUGUCGUGCGGUAUUCCCGACUUCCGUUCAAAAGACGGUAUUUACGCCAUGGCACGCAAAAUGGAUAUGGUGCUACCGGAACCGGAAUGUCUGUUUCAAAUUGACUACUUUCGCGACGACCCGGAUCCUUUUUUUGAAGUGGUUCGCAGUGCCUUUGCCAACUCACCUAAGCCGUCACCGACGCAUUGGUUUUUAAAGCUGCUGCAGGAUAAAAAAAGUUGUUGCGUGUAUACACUCAAAAUAUCGAUGGAUUGGAGGAAGCAGCUGGUGUGA